GUCACGUGGUGCCGGGCCCGGAAGAGGAUGGCGGCGGCCGCGCGGCGGGGCGGUGGGGGGACGCGGCCUCUCUCCCUCCUGCUGCUCCUGGCGCUCGGGCCCGCGGCGGCCGGCGGGGCGGGGUCCGAGCCGGGGCGCUGGACCGUGAGCCCCCGCAGCAACAGCACCAAGAACCUGUUUGUGUUCUCCAAGACGAUGUUCAACGGCUCCUCGAUCUCUCUCCAGGUGCUGUCGAAGAAGUGCUCCCCGGGGGUGACCCUGAACGUGACCUGGUACCUGCGAAGCUCCCAUUGUCACAAUGAAGUCUACAUAGACGAGAAGAGAGCAGAGACUUACCUGACCAAUUACAGGGUCGAGCUGGAACCGAAGAGCUCCGGCCAGUACAUCCUACACUCCUAUAAACCCUUCAACUGCAGUCACUCGGUCCCCCUCGAGCUGAAUGUGGAGAGUUUCGAGCUUCCCACCCGGCUGGAUCGCCUCACGGACUUGCAGCAGACAACCGGGGUCCAGCGGCGCGGGACUGUGGGCGCGCAGCCCAAGGAUGCCGCAGGGAAGCAGAAGUCGUCAUCUGCCGAAUUGGCUGGUCCGCCUGGCAAAAAUCCAGAAGCGGCAGGGAAGCCGAGCGAGACUCAGGGAAAGAAACUGGGCCCGGGAAAGACUGACGGAACCAAGAAAUUAAAAGCAGGGAGGCAGGACAAAUCAGAGCUGGAUGCCUUAGCCGAGACCUGGGAGGACGGGCCCUACAUGUUCAUCCUGAAGAUUGAGGGGCAGAGCAAGGACCCAAAAGCUGCCCUGAACUGGGAGCUCACAAUUGACGUCCGGAUGAAACACCCUCACUACCAGUACAUCUCCGCCUCCGAGUGGCCCCUCAUGGCGUUCUACAUGGCCAUGUGCAUCGUAUACGUGUUCUACGGGGUGCUGUGGUUGGGGCUGCUGGCCUGCUACUGGCGGGACAUCCUGCGCAUCCAGUUCUGGAUCGGGGGCGUCAUCCUGCUGGGCAUGCUGGAGAAGGCCGUCUUCUACGCCGAGUUCCAGAGCCUCCAGAGCCAGGGGGUGUCUGUCCAAGGGGCCGUGAUCUUCGCCGAAGUGCUGUGCGCUGUGAAGCGCAUGUUGGCCCGAGUGCUGGUCAUCAUCGCCAGCCUGGGGUACGGCAUUGUCAAGCCGCGGCUGGGCGCCCUGCUGAACCGGGUGGUGGGCGUGGGCCUGAUGUACCUGCUCUUCUCCAUCAUUGAGGGCGUCCUGCGGGUGAAAUCGGACCAGGGUAGCACGACCACCCUGGUGUGCAACAUUGCGCUGGCCUUUGUCGAUUCCUGCAUCGUCUGGUGGAUCCUCAUCAGCCUGGUGCAGACCAUGAAGCUCUUGAAGCUACGGCGCAACACGGUGAAGCUGUCCCUGUACCGCCACUUCACCAACACCCUCAUCUUCGCCGUGAUCGCCUCCAUCAUCUUCAUCAUCUGGACCACCAAGACCUUCCGGCUCACCAAGUGCCAGUCGGACUGGCGGGAGCUGUGGAUUGACGACGCCUUCUGGAGGUUCCUCUUCUCCAUCAUCCUGCUGGUGAUCAUGUUCCUGUGGAGGCCCUCGGCCAAUAACCAAAGAUACGCGUUUGUGCCGCUGGUGGAUGAAGGGAGCGAGGAAGAGGACGAGGAAGAGGAACAUAUGGUGAACGAGGCCUUUGAAGGGAUGAAGAUGAGGGGUGCAAAAAAUGAAGCCAAUGGGAUCCUCAAAGGCAGCCGAGUGGAUGAAGAUUUGAAAUGGGUGGAGGAAAACAUCCCCUCGUCUAUGGCUGACGUGGUGCUACCCCCUCUGCUGGACUCCGAUGAGGAAAUAGUGACCACGAAAUUUGAAAUGUCCAAGAUGGAGUGAGAGAGGAAUCCGCCCCAUCGCGCUGCAGGAUACGCCCAGCUUCCCUCCGUGGCCCGUCGGGGAAGGAGAGUUGCUGGUGGUUUUUCUUUUAAUAUAUAUAUUUGUAUAUGGUUAAAAGAUUAUUUUAUUACCUUUAAGUUUCUAAUUCUCGGGCUUUAACGGACUGGGGAGCUCUCCCCUGCUAGCGGCCCCAGGAGAGCGCCCCCGUCUGGGGAGGAAGACCAGAAUGCACCUCGACCCGGAUCAGCUUCUUUCUCGGACUGGAUUAGGAAGGAAACUGCUUUAGGCUGCUCCGGGCCUCUGUCCUGCUGGGGAGCGGCGCUGGCUGGACACGUGCAAGUGGUUUUCUAACGGGUCGGGGGGAGUGGGGAGUGACAGGCGGACACGUAUUGGGCGCACCUGUUAUGGGGUUCUUGUGGGGGUGCCCGUCUUUCAGGGGUGGUGUCUGGAGGAGGCGAGGGGGGUCGAUCUAAGUGGGAUGGGGUGCUUUUAUAUGGGAAGGCAGGCCGGGAGCUUUGUGUGGGGACUGGGCGGCAUUCUGGGUGCAGUUGGCAGUGAUGGGUGGCUGGCAGUGACCGGGGCAGGAAUGGGGUAGGGAGAACGUCUGGCUCUUCUGGGGCCCCUCGCAUUCUGCUGCCAAGACCGGGACACUUCCUCUUUCCAGCCCAGAGAGCCUGAGGGAACCCACGUGCCAUGUGCAUCCGCCACCAGGCGCUGGGGCGGGGACACCGCCACACUGCUGUGCUUGCUAGGAUCCCGCUCGGCGGCAACUCUGGACGUGGGAUUCUCCGGGUGGCUGCACCGGGCAUCCCAGCUGCUGCCAGGGGCAGUGCCUGGCACAGCGCGUCCUCCCUGAGCCUCUUCGACUCCAGCGGGGGCCACUCAGGGUUUUCUCCCCCAGCUGGGCACCCGCUGAGGCGGAUGGAGUGCCAGGGCU